CAAUUGCCAUUCGCAGAACAGUCCGUGUGUACGCAAGACGUCAAAAGCAGCUUCGAACGUUGCAAGUCGCGCAAAAAACAUUAAAAUUAUUUCAUUUUGGGUUAAUUGCAGGCUCCAGAACAAGUGAUUAAGCGCGCGUUUCGCUUCCGCCGAGUGCGUGAAAACUGACAAUUCCGUUCGGAAUAGCCAUGCCAGUUAUUUUCGCCUAGUGAAAAUCGGAUAAUUCGCGUCCGCAACGACGUCGAAAUUAUGUGCUGAGCCACAUCCUUCUAGAAAAGCAUUUUUUUCGUAUUCAGAGAAAAAAAUGGGAAACGUGUGUGAGUCCGGUCGCGGUCAAUGAGCUCCCUGAAUUUUCCUGCCGCCCUUAAUUCUCUUUAAUUUGGUUUCGAAUCAGUCGAUUAUCCUCGAAAAUCCUCUACACUUCCUUCCCCCUGAAGUAACAAACGCAGGCGAAACAUCCACUUUCCUUUCCUUUGUUCUGUAAAAUUGAAAUCACUUUGUUCGUCUUUCAUCAUUUCCGGGACGCGUGUGAUCCACAAAAUGUCUACGCGUCGCUAAAUCGCAAUCAGAAAAUAGCUCGUUAUUCGCGCACUGUAUAUCGCUACAUCAGCUCCAACGCCAAACGUUAGCAGAAGCCACUCCGUCCAGUGCUCCCUCGCCAAACUCCACGGAUUGAGGUCACUGAAAACAGUCCAGAAGCAGCGUCAAGAAAAAGUUGAUUCAUCCAAAAAAUUGCACUUCGAUAAGAAAAACACCCGAAAGCGCUCAAAGGUCACCGGAGCGAACGCUUUUUGUGGGGCUUGAAAAUCCAGAAAGUGAACAAAGCCCGAGCGGAAUCCUGUUCGCAACUUCUACCGUUCACAGAUUCGUUGCUGAUAUUUGAGAUCUAAGGAUAAAGUACAACCAACCAAAAUGCAGCGCUGGUUCUUUAUGGAUGACAAUGAGAUAUUAGAAAGCGAUGCAUCUUCAGCCGCAUCAUCUCGAUCAAAGAAGACUUUGGAAAGCAGCGGUGAAGAGAGAGAAUGGACCUUCAAGGUUGUAAUGAAUCAUGAUUUACUACCGAAUGAAUGUUUGGGUAUUUCUGGUAGCUGUGCAAGUCUUGGCAACUGGUCGCUUACAAAGAGCGUGUUAUUGAAUCAUGAAGAAGGCACGAAUGAUUGGUCGCUAACAACUAACAUACCGCGUGAUCGUCAGGUAUACUAUCGCUUUUUCGUUUGCUCUAUCGAUCCAACUACCGAGAGCAAGCAUGUAAGACGCUGGGAGACGCACUUACAUCCGCGAUCUAUUCCUGAAAUGGGCGAUAAAGCUGAAUCGGAUGAUAUUUUUGGCGAUGUCGAAGGCGAAGAAAAAAUUGACCGGGGCUGGCUCACCACAGAAUCUAUAGUACAAUUGAAAUUUUUUAACUCACCAUUUGCUUUGAAGCAAAGAAUGAAAUCACGAUUACUUUACAUCAAGGUAACACCAAUGAAUCUUCGUAUACAUACAUCGGAUAACGUGAUUUCACCAUUAGAAGAUUCUUUAUCAAAUGAUACUCGGGAAAACGGUAGUGAGCAAGCACCAUACGGAUUUGCUGAAGUUUGUUGUUAUAAAUAUGAUGAUUGUGACAUAAAGCCGCAACCGCAGUUUGGUGUUCCAUGCGCACCGAAUGAUGUAGUCGUGUUCCAUAUUACCGUUGGUGAUAUCGAUUCGGUUGCGUAUCUAGUCGAUUUAUACACAUAUAGUUCGAAAGCUUCAAUGGAAGAACCCCCGUAUCAUUUGGGAUAUCAUUAUAUCCUACCAAACUUGCUGAAAAGAUCAGAAGGUAAAUUGGAGAUGCCAAUUACGUGCGCAACCAAACACCGGCCACUUGGAACAAUGCGCUUGGAUUACCUGUUGAUCAAACCAUUCACUUCACACGUACUCGAUAUGAAAUUAUCCUUUUCCCGAUAUUGGAACAAGAAAUGGUCGGGCCUAGAUGUUGGACAUCGUGGAUCAGGAACUAGCUUUAAAACCAAAGAGGCUGUGAUUCGUGAAAAUACUAUUGCUUCGUUGAAAAAUGCGGUGGCACAUGGUGCUGAUAUGGUUGAAUUUGAUGUUCAAUUAAGCAAAGAUUUAGUGCCCGUUAUUUAUCACGACUUUCAUGUUUAUGUGUCAUUACGAUCCAAGAAAACUAUUGAUACUCAUGACCUUCUCGAGCUGCCUAUGCGAGAAUUGACUUUAGAACAAUUGAAAAAUCUAAAAGUAUACCAUCUGGUCGAGGGCCGCACUCGUGAACCACGUAAUUUUGAUAACGAUAGUAUGGAGGAACACCAACCGUUUCCAACUUUGGCUGAUACGCUAGAUGCGAUCGACAGUCAUGUUGGCUUCAAUAUUGAAAUUAAAUGGUCCCAACAAUUAAUUGACGGAUCAAUGGAAAUGGAGCAGAAUGUUGAUCGAAAUCUCUAUCUAGAUUGCAUUUUGGAUGUUGUGUUCUCCAAGGCAAAUUCACGACGUAUUGUGUUCUCGUGUUUUGAUCCUGAUAUUUGUGCAAUGUUGAGAUUCAAACAAAAUUUGUAUCCAGUUAUGUUCCUAACACUUGGACAGACGAGCCGUUAUCCAUUGUACAACGAUCCAAGAUGUAAUUCGAUCGAAAAGGCUGCAUGUCAUUCUCGUGGUAUGGAGCUUCUUGGUAUAGUUGCACAUACUGAAGAUUUAUUGAGGGAUCCAACGCAGGUGAGCUUAACAAGAGAAUUAGGCCUUAUAAUGUUCUGCUGGGGUGAUGACAACAACAGCAGGGAAACCAUCCAGCACUUGAAGAAUUUAGGGUUGCAUGCAAUUAUCUAUGAUAAAAUGGAGGUGCUUACAUCAAAGGAGACCAAGGAAAGCGUCUUCUUAGUUCCAUCGCAAGCUAGCCAGAAAGAUUUCUUCAAACUGCAAGCUCUAGAACGCGAGAGACGACCAACCGAAGAUUGCAUUUACGUGAAGGAAAACUCUGAGAAGAUUCUUGAACUGGAUGAAGACCGACGCAAAAUUUCUUUAUCAGCAGCUACGUCUUUCGCAACACUAAUGGAUGAAUGAGGACACUGCAUGAACAACGUUUUUUUCUAAAUUAUAGCUAGAUAAAUGUUUAUUCUGUAUUUACAAAAGAAAUCUUUUUUCGUUUUUCGCAAAUAAUUGGUUUGGUAAUUUCCGUAAACAACGUGAUUGUUGGCUAUAUAUAUUUUGUAUUGUGUUUCCAUCUAUUUAACUAAAUUUCUGUAAUUUCACAGUCGUCCUAGUAUUGCAUUAGAAAAUCUUGUUUUGAAAAAUUUCUGCAUAAAAUAUUAAUAGCAUUGCUUUUUGAAAUAAAGAAUUUACCACUUCGUAGAAUUUACAAGAGAUAACGAAAGUAAUCAUGAAAACACACAAAAAGAGACAUUGCCUUUUUAUUUUUUCUAUCUAUCUAGAGGCUAUGUAACACUUGAUGAAUUUGUUAUUAAAAACUAUAUAAGGGCAGUGUAUUUUUAAAAAGACAAUAAACGUUAUUAUGGCUAAAAAAA